AUGUUUCAUUUGGCGAAAGGCUUAUAUAACAACUGGAAUCGCCGAGAGCAGUAUUCCAUUCUUAUAUUGGGCCUGGAUAAUGCUGGGAAGACCACUUUCUUGGAAACGUUAAAGAUGCAGUACUCUUUACAUUCAAAAAAUCUGGAGAAAAUAACGCCUACGGUUGGCCAGAAUGUUGCACAGAUCCCGAUAAAUAACAACUCUAUAUUGAGAUUUUGGGACAUUGGGGGCCAAGAGAGCUUGCGUGUGUUAUGGCCAAAAUAUUAUCCUCAAUGUCACGGAAUCAUAUUCGUUGUUGAUAGUACCGAUAGGUCACGUAUAGAUGAGUGCAGCGAAGCAUUGAGGUCUAUUAUGAUGGACGAAGAAGUUGAAGGCGUGCCCGUUCUGAUGUUAGCAAACAAGCAGGAUAGACCAGACACAAUGGAAGUUCAAGAUAUAAAAGAAGUUUUCAACAAGAUAGCUGAGCAUUUAAGCGCAAGAGAUAGCAGAGUGCUACCCGUUAGUGCACUCACGGGCGAAGGAGUCAGGGAAGCAGCCGAAUGGCUUCUGAUAAGAUUACAAAGAAAUAAAGCAAAUAGGCCGCCGCUCUACAAGUAG